AUGUCUCUGGUGCAGCACGUCUCGGCAAUCGAGGGCGUAGACCGCGAACCAGACCUCCCCGACGAUGAAACCAUCACCACCUUCCACGACGACUCGUUCGUGCCAAUCCGGCACAAAAUCAGCUACGAUGUAUUCCCCGAUCGGCAGCCACCCGUGACGGAUGAUACAUCGGGGACGCCGGCGUACAAGGUCUCGACUACGGUGAGAUUGGCUCAGGUGCUCAUCACCAUCCUGGCGUGCUGGUUUGCAUCGGGAAUCGUGUUUGGGUUCGCUGCUCUGAAACCCGUCUUGGUCGAGGAGGGCGUUUAUCGCGAUCUGUGUACAGACGAGGAGCUGGCAGAUGGGGUGGAGCUAUGCCAUCAGCAAGAUCUACAGCUGAAUUUUUUCUUCACCAUCAGCUCCAUCACAGCCAACGUCUCCGCGCUCCCGGUCGGGACGAUUCUCGAUCGCUACGGGUCGCGCGUCUGCGGGUUCGCGGGAUGUGCACUCCUGGCGACGGGAAGCGCCCUAAUGGCCCUCUCGUUCUCGCGCCCGGGCUUCGACGGGUACAUCGUCGCCAACUUCUUCCUGGCGCUCGGGGGCACGUUCAUCUUCGUGCCCUCGUUCCAGAUCGCAAACGCCUUCCCCAAGCACGCGGGGAUCAUUGUCGCGUUGGUCACCGGCGCGUUUGAUGCGUCCGCCGCCGUGUACCUGUUCUACCGACUGGUCUACGAGCAGACACACGAGGCGUUCACGCCGCAGGAGUUCUUCCUGGGAUACCUCGCCGUCCCUGCAUUCAUCCUCGUCGCGCUGCUAACCGUUAUGCCGCGUACGGACUACCAAUCCACGCAGCAGCUGGAGGUCAAGAUCGAGAAAGCCAAGGACGCGACGCGCGACAUCCACGAGUCGGACGCGGAGAUCGAAAGCGACGCGGAGCUGCGGCGCGUGCGCAACCGGCGCGCAAAGCAGCGCCGCGACAAAAUGCGCCAGAUCGACGAGGUCCUCGGCGACGAGGCAGAGCGCCGUCAGCGCGAUGAGCACGAAGAAGAGCGCCAUGCUGCCAGCGCUGUCUGGGGCGUGCUGCACGGCCUCCCCGCGCACGCGCAGAUGGCCACUCCCUGGUUCAUCCUCAUCACGCUGCUGACGGUGCUGCAGAUGCUGCGCAUGAACUACUUCAUUGCGACCAUCCGCGCGCAGUACGAGUUCAUGCUCGGUUCCGAGGAUGCCGCGGAGCGCAUCAACGAUUUCUUCGAUGUCGCCCUGCCUCUGGGCGGCGUCCUCGCCACCCCCUUCAUCGGCCUCCUCCUCGACCACCUCAGCGUCCCCACCAUGCUCACCCUCAUCGUCCUCCUGACCACCCUCAUCGGCGGCCUGAACUCCGUCCCCGCCACGUGGGCAGCCUACACCACCGUCUCCCUAUUCGUGCUGCUCCGGCCACUCUACUACUCCCCCAUGUCUCCAGCUAACACACUGAACCUCGGGAAAAGCGACUACGCGACCAAAGUCUUCGGCUUCGCGACCUUCGGUCGCGUGUACGGGUCCAUCAUCUGCAUCUCCGGGCUGGUCAAUUUCAGCCAAUACGCGCUCGACGCGCUGACGCAUGGGCCGUUCGCGGGGAACCCCAUCCCCAUCAACAUCUUCCUGGCCGCGGCCGGGUUCGUGGUCGGAAUGGGCCUGGUACUGUACGUGUAUGUGGCGAGUGGGCGGUUGCGGGAGAAGCGAGAGAUGCUGGCUGAGGGGGAGGAGGAGGAGCGCGAGCGAUUGAUUCCGAUUGAGGAGGAGGAUGUAUAA